AUGGCGGCGACUUCGUCAUUGCCCCAGCCCGCGACGGAAGAAAGACGCAAUGCGAUCACCCUCCAUAUACUGUGCCAAUCUCUACCUCCUCCGAGCCGUUUCACCCUUGAAGAUAUUCCAUUGUCGACCACAGUUUCCCAGCUGAAGCAGCGGAUUGAACGAGACUUCCCUAAGCAUCCUCCGGUAAAUACCCAGAGACUGAUAUACCGAGGAAAGCCCCUCAGAAUUGAGGACGCAGUACUCGAAGCGAUAGUAUCAAUUGGGGAGGAACAUAAUGACAGUGACAGUAUGCACCUUGUCCUGCCACCCGAGCCAACUAAGAUAGAGAAUCCCCCUGUGUCAUCUGAAUUGCCACAAAGCCCUCUUUUAGGAGGAGUCACUGCUCGAGGUCCUGUCCAAAUGUCCAAUCUGAUGGAGUCCAGCACGCAUUCAGCGGUGGCAACACCAAGCAUGCCGUCCAUACCCAGCUUUGCAAGACCUAAUAUUGGCACUGGGGCCCCAUACACCACAACUAACCUGCCCCUCAACAGCCCACUACCAAGUCCAUUUGCAAACAAUUCAUAUGUAUCAGAAGUUGACGGCAUUGAAUUCGCUCGGCGCGUGCACAUUAUACGCUGUCAGAUUCAAGUCAUCGAACAACAACUAGAUCAGCAUGCCAUGCCAUCCAUGGAACACGUUAUUCGCAUACGAACUCAACUUCUUGAGAUCCAGGACACUCGUUAUGAGAGGGGACUUCCGGUUCCUGGCAUUGCAGAGCUGCUUUGCCGCAUCUUGGACGCCCAACAACGAGCCCGCUUAUUAGACAAAAUGCUGCAACGGCCUUCACAGUUUACCUCUCCAAGUCAGUCCUCGACUGCUAUAGGCUCAGUCGAUAGGGGGGCAACAAACUCUCCCCAGAUCUUCAUGUUGUCCUCACCAAGCGGAGAUCGAAAUAUCAUCAUGGCACCAAACGUAAUCAACUCCCCCUUGCCCACAAUGCAGCCGACGUUCCCCACUCGCACAGUUCCAGCGGGCGAUCAAGCCGUGCCUCAGCCAAACCCGAAUGCAGCCGCUGUGCAAAAUGUCGUUCGCCAAGCGAUGCUCAACCAACAGCGCCGGGGAAACAACGUUGAGCAUGCCGGUCUAGCACGACACAUGCGCCGCAUCUGGCUGUUUACCCGAUUGUGGUUCUUCUGCUACCUGACCAGCGCACCCGGAACCUGGAGACGCUAUAUUUUUGUCAGCAUCGCUCUUCUGGUCACAUUGUUGUCGGAGACGGAGAUUCCACAGCAACUGAUGCGAUUGGUUGUUGCGCCUGCGCAGCGCCAUCUGGAAGGCCUCACCCAUGUUGGUGGGCCAUCAGACCCAGCCGCGCAGGUAGCAAAUGAGGCGCCAGUCUUCAGCAUCUGGGACCAGAUUCGCCGCAUGGAACGGUCUGUUGUUCUGCUUGUUGCAAGUUUGAUUCCCGGGCUCGGAGAGCGUCAGGUUCAAGCCCGCCAUGCCGCUGAACAGGAACGUGAGCGUGCGGAACAGGAACGUGUGCAGCGGGAGCAGACAGAGGAACGGGAACGGGCAGAGCAGGCUGGACAAGCUCCUAAUGGAGCGGGUGAUGUCGAUGCCAAUGUUAUUGAUGAAUCCAGUUCCGCCAAUGUUCAGCAACACACUGAAUGA